CUAGAUUUUAUCUUUCAAAAGUGUUUCUACACACCGGAAGACGCUAACCCUCUCUCCUUUUGAUCAAGAUCAGAGGCGAUGUGGCGAAGCGACGUCGCUGUGGUCCUGUUGUUUCUAAUUUCUGCCAUAGCUUUUUCGAACAGAUACUUCUUCGAUAGUACCAUCACUACAACCAUUUUCCCUGCGAGGGUGUAUACCAUAACACCAAUGAGUGAUCAUCAGAAGAACAGAAGUUGUCGAGUCGGUUACCUCUUGUCAGAAUCGAAAGAAAACCGCCUUCAGCUACACACGUGUAAGAAAAAUUACAGUGAUGGCGGAAUCGACUUGAUAAAGGUGUACACAAACCGCUCGGUAGCUGCCCAGGGUCCGUUCGACGUGUUUGUUCACGACUUGACGGAUAUCGUACGCGGGGCGAGAGACGGAGACUAUCAGAUGGGAUCAUUCAUGACCGAGUUAACGGACUACAUGUCCCGUCAUCCCCGCAUGGUAGUGGUGAAUCCGCUGGCCUCCUGGCGGCUGCUCCAUGACCGGCUUCAGGCUCAGAGGGUUGCGAAAGACGUGGUGAAGCUACUCAACGAUCCCGACAUUAUCGUGCCAAACAGAGUCUAUCUAGAAACCACCGGAGUAGAAAAUAUGACGAAACGUUUGGAGGAGGCAGGCGUGAAGUUCCCGUUUUUAUGCAAAUCGGCAUCGUUUCUAGCACAAUCUCAUCAUAGAAUGAAGCUGGUGUUUGGAAGACGCGGUUUGGAAGGUUUAGAUUUACCGUGUGCUGCCGAGAGCUUCUUCAACCAUUCAGGAAUUCUCCAUAAGAUGUACGUGAUCGGGGAUGCUCAUUUCGUCUACUGUCGACCUUCCCUGAGAAACUUCGCGAUGUCCGAUGAUCUUCCCAAUGUUGAAUUCUCUACGUCCGAAGUGGCAAAAGCCAACUCCGUGUCGCCAUUAAAUGCUGGAAAACAUGGCGAACCGACGAGCCAAACCCGCCCGACGUCUGCCGAGAAGAUAUCCCGGAUGUCCGAAGCGACCAGACGGGUGCUGGGGUCCAGCCUGAUAGGGAUUGACGUCAUCGUGGAAGACGGAACCGGAAAACACGUCAUCAUCGACAUCAACGACUUUCCAGGUUACCAUGAGGUUGGGAUUCAGGAGUUCCAAACAGCGCUCCUUCAACUUCUCAAGACAGGCCCGUGCAGCUCAGACUCAGUACUGGGAAGAAAAUAGAUCUGACUAAAGACGGACUAGAUCUAGAUCGGAAUAGAUCUGACUAAAGACGGACUAGAUCUAGAUCGGAAUAGAUCUGACUAAAGACGGACUAGAUCUAGUUCGGAAUAGAUCUGACUAAAGACGGACUAGAUCUAGAUCGGAAUAACUCUGACUAAAGACGGACUAGAUCUAGAUCGGAAUAACUCUGACUAAAGACGGACUAGAUCUACUAGAUCGGAAUAGAUAUGACUAAAGACGGACUAGAUCUAGAUCGGAAUAGAUCUGACUAAAGACGGACUAGAUCUAGAUCGGAAUAAAUCUGACUAAAGACGGGUUAGAUCUAGAUCGGAAUAGAUCUGACUAAAGACGGACUAGAUCUAGAUCGGAAUAGAUCUGACUAAAGACGGACUAGAUCUAGUUCGGAAUAGAUCUGACUAAAGACGGACUAGAUCUAGAUCGGAAUAACUCUGACUAAAGACGGACUAGAUCUACUAGAUCGGAAUAGAUAUGACUAAAGACGGACUAGAUCUAGAUCGGAAUAGAUCUAACUAAUGAAAA